GGCGCCGCGGGCGCUAUGGAUGGCGUCUCUGGGAGACCUUGACGCAAGGUAGGCGCGCGCCCGAGCGGAGGAGCAUCGGGGGGGUGGCGGAGGAGCGCCCCGAGAAACGCGAAAAUGCUGGACAGGUGAUGAACAGGCGUCGUCGGGAGGUUGCACUUUGCUGGGCCAGCGAUGUGACCGUGUCCACGGAGCCGAAAGCUCAAGUGGAGGAGGAGGCGCGGAGGAGGAGAAGGAGGAGGCGGGUAUGUCGCAGACGGUGCUCCGGGGAUUCCCGGGCCUGCCGUGCGAGGUACGGCUCGAGUUCCAGCUGCCGCUGCCGCGCAACCUGGCGUGCACGUUGUGCCGCGCCGUGUGCCCGGUCAUCUACCGCGCCGGCUGCUGCCACGCCUUCUGCGAGCGAUGCAAGCAGGAGCUCAUGCGCUCCAGGCCAGUGCUCCUGUGCCCCGUCGACGGAAACGAGACCUGGACAGAGAAGAUUGUUCCGGAUGACACUGUGUGGAAUUCGUUGAAGGACUUCACGGUGCUGUGCUCGCAGAGCCUCCACGGCUGCAGGUUCAGCGAUACUGUUGCUGCAUUCAAGAACCACAUCCGCGACUGCCCAUACAUGAAGAAGCGGUGCCCUUUGUGCGAGGAGGACGUGUUGUCCAAGGACCUGUUCAGCCAUCUGGGCAGCGUGUGCGCCAAGAGGCCGCUGGCAUGCGACCACUGUGGCCUCAACUUCCACAAGGAGCUGCUCAAUGACCACAAGGCGAACUGUCCAGAAAAGCUCGUGAUCUGCGAGUAUUGUGGUGCCGAUGGUUUGCUGCUGGGAGAGUUGCCAAUGCAUUAUGAAGAGUGUGACCUGAAACCAUGGUGUUGCACAAUGAAGGACUACGGAUGCACGUUCGAGGGCCCCAGAAAAAGUCUAUUGGAGCACCUGACUUUUGAGGAUCAUAUCCACAUCAUCGUGACCCACUUUAAGGAGCUUUCUGUCGUUAAUAAGGAACAGCAAGACGAGAUUGGACAUCUAAACGUGCAGCUUGAUGCACUCACGAAAGCCGUGAAGGAAGGGAAUCGGAGAGUGUCUACUACGCUUCAAACCAUAAGCAGAGCACUGCAUGCACAGCAAGAAGAAAACCGCAAGCUAAAGGCAAAGCUGGAUGACCUGUCAAGGAUGAUAGAGCAAAAGACGAUCCACCCGAUACCGAGUUCAAAGAUGGACGGUACUACGACGACACACCAUAGGAUUCCUGGGGACGGAACUAUCGAGAGGGUCACGUACCCUCGCUUCGUAGAGGCUGGGCUUGUCUCGCGUCCAGUCAGCGCCCGAGGCACCUCAUCUUCUUCAGCGGCGGCCACAGCAGGCAUUCCGACCGUCAGCAUGAUGGUCCCGUCAUCCGCCAGAGUUGGGCGGCAACACCAGAGCACCUGACAGACGCCCGGUGGUGGAGCGCAGGCCUCGCAGGCACAGCAGCACCAACACCUCCACCACCAUCACCAUCACCAGCACGGCCUACACCAACACCACCAACACCAACAUCCGUCUCAGGGUGGUGCAGGACCUUCGGGAAUUUGAUACGCGGAGAAGGCCACUCGCGUCCCUUCUUCAGCCCACCAUGCUCAUGCAAACGAAAGACGGGGGACAUGAGACGAGCAGUGAAUCGAACUAUGUGCGUGCGUGUGUGUCGUUGUCGUCGUAGCCUCCUUGUGGUUCUGGCGCCUCCGAAAGUGGGGCUCUUCUUCGAGUUGAGCAGGUGACAUGGUUGGCGUGGUUUCACUACGAGGGGUGCCACCCUCCCAUGGUGGUAGUGUUCAAUGAUUGUUUGCCCGAGCUAUGCGUUGAAGUUUGUUACUUUAGUCGUUUUCACAAUCUCUGCAGCAAACCCCUGGGUUUAACAGCCGGGAUUUUCCACACUGAUAGUGGUAAAGCAAGGGCUCUUACAAACAAAAAAAAUGUUUUCACGCAUAGAAAUCUCCCCAACUAGUGAGCUUUACAAGCAUUGAGGUUGGGCUAAUCUAUAAAGUUCCAUGGCGCCUCAUAGCAUGGGUAGGCCCUAAGACAUAAAUAAAUAAACACAACCGCUGCUUAUAAAUUUCAUUGGGUAGUAGGUGAUGCGUGUUGAGACCAAAAACACGUUGCUUUUACUUUAUUUUGCUUACUUGAUUUUUUUUUCAUGCUAUUGAAAGCUUUUGAGCAGAUGUGUUUGCUUUCUGUCCUCUUUAAGGCGAGGAUACCAUAACGACAUUUGGUACGUGGACAAAUGCGCCUUCAACGGGAUUGUAUACAUGGUCAUGCUUGACCUUUUUUAUACAAAAAGCUAAUCACCGCUUCCAACUAGCAUGAAAGAAGUCUAAAUCGUGAACGAAAUUCAACAGACUUGGACAAAAGUCCUUGCGCUGUACAGGAGUCAGUCUAUUUAAAUUUGUAGUGUAGGCUUUUUAUCCUUAUUUUUUAGUGCGAGCUAAAGGUGACAACUCAUCACUUAUUGACUACAUAGCACACACAUAAACUUUGCGACAGUGUGUCUUGCUAUGGCAAAGGUAUUUUUGUCCUUGUGAAGAAUAUGAGCGGGCCAUAUAGAGAGCAGGUUUAUAUUUCCACGAGUGACGUUUGGGUGGGGCAUCACUAUGCCUUUGGAAAUCGAGACCCUAAACAAACAAGGACCUGCAGAUCUAUCGUUGUAAGCUCUACACAGGAACUGCAGAAGAAUGCGGGGAAAGUAUUUCACAGAAAUAAUUGACGGCCUAACAUUAGUAACUGUCUGUGCACAUUUGGUAGCAUACUUCGGUGCUCUUUUGUCUAUAAAUUAUGUUUUCCUAUAAAAGCAGGACUGUUGAAAUCACAGCAAAGCUAUUUGACAAAAAUGAUGUGCCUGUUUUGUGUGCACUCGCAAAGGCUCAAGUGAUGUUUAUGCGGAAAAAAAAGAAGGCUUCAUUUUGUGCAUUGAUUUAAUGACGUCAACUAUUGAAUGCUAGUUAAUUCAUAAAACAAUCUGGGGAGCUCCUAAAAAGUGAUGUGAGGAUUUGUUUUGUUGUGGCAAAAAUUGUCUGCCAGAUUGGAUUAGGGUUGGUUUUGGCGAGCUUGUAGUAAGGGCUAGUGGCGGUUCAGAUAAUGCUAUUGAGAUACUGAUUAUGUAUCUCAAGCUCUAAGCUGUUGUUUGAGUACAGCACAUCGUUUCGCUAGAGUUACCUUAAUCAUCAAGCAGGACAUGGUGUGGUUUGCUUUGGUUUGCUAUUUAUUUGUGCCCAAACACUGCCUCAAAAUGCAAUGAAACUGCCCUUGCUCGCUGAUGCUUACAAGUGCUUGUGUAAUGGUAAACUUGUUGCAAAAACAGUUACACCUGAAAGUAGCUACAGUACGUCCGCACAACACGCUAAUUCAUUAGUAAUGCUGGCUGACUUUAAGCUUAUGUGUUUAGAAAAUCUCAUUUUUGAUGCUUAUGCUACAUGCAAAGCUUGUUUCUUUAAGCAAAAUAUAUGCUUAACACUCUAUUUGUGGAGUUAGAUAGAUUGAAAUUUUUAUUUUAGAGAUGUGCUUUUACUCUAAUUUAACAAAUACGACAAAUAGUACUCAUACUCUCAGUUUAACUGAUGCCCCUUUUGAUCACAUGCGCUUAAAGACUUUUGGUUGGGUUGUUGCCAUUUUCAAAUUCAAUACACAGCAAUCUUGUAAUAUAAAAAUUACCUCUUUUGGAAAAUGUUCGAAAGUAGCUUUUGACAAAGUCGUCACUGGUCGAGUAAAUAUACUGCCAUAAACUAUGCUGGAUGCAAACAUCUUGAUUUUUUGCUGUACAUUAUUAAUAUUUGAGUCCUUUAUAGUUGGGACAUUUCUGUGAAUCUAGAUUUUUUUGAAUGUGUGAUAAUGUCAGCUGCUCUCUUUGCUAUUCUAUACUUCUCCAUCUUGAGUAUACAACCGAAUUCCUACUGAAGUUACCGCUUUGUAAACACCCUUAUAACUGCUCGACGCUGGAACAAGUUCGAUGGCAACUGAAGAGACGGCAUGCUAUUUUUCUUCUAUACUGGCUUCAGUGGCAAGUCUAUGGGUGCGGUUCGCUCCUCGCACCGGGGGUGUGUGCAAAGUUGCUCAAACGGACGCCGAGAGACUUGUGUGCGUUCAAACAGUGUGCUCCUGUCUGAAAAGAGAUGUGUUCGCGCCACACGGUGGCUGGUCGGCGGAUUUCACGGGUUCAUGCAGCUGAGCCCGACGUGUUGAGAAGCAAUGUUUUGGACUCAAGAGUGAGUUGGAAACAGCACAGAUACAGUGGCAGAACUUUUUUUUCUUGGCGAACGUUGAGUCCCCAGUAUGACCAGGCUGAUUGGUUGUGUUUGUGUUCACUGCUUUGUGCACCCCCUGUGCUUGAAUAUUUAACGAAGCAUCGUGCCUAUGUACGCCCCUGAGCAAAAGUACUCACAUAUGGACGAGGGAAUCCGUGAUAAAGUCGAUCUUGUUCGCCGCCUGUCAGUGAAACUUGAAAUCGAGGACUACAGUGGAAACUUGACAUUCCAAACUUUCCAAUCCACUCGUAAAUUUCACUUUGUGCAUCUGAAUUACGAAUAAAUUCCGUUUUUUGCCUUGCCUGUGGUCCGUAUGCUUUUGCUCACGGGUCACAUUAGGUGUUGAGAAGCCUCCCUUUGCAUUGCCGUUAGCUUUGUAAUGCCAGUGAGAUAUUGCAAAAAAAAAAAGAAAAGUUCAAUAGAAACACCAGCAAAUUUUAUGGAAUAUUAUACUAUCAAUUGGUAUACAAUUGCAAUCUUGCUCACUAUUCCUGCUCUCCCCCAAGGAACUAAUCUGAAAGGCGUGCUCUUGCUUGCUUAUGACGGUCUUUGUCAGGGAUGUCAGGGACACAACAAAAAUUUACUUGUGUUUGUUCAACGCUCCUACUGGCAGUACAACAACUACCAUAGUCUGCAGAGCCAUGGCUAAAAAGGCUUUGUGUGGCCACCAAGAAGCUCGAGUGACCUGAACACAGCAACCGGCCGGUCAUAAAACGCUGCCAAGAAAACUUCUGCUGCUUUUGGCGACGCGGUAUCUCGUGUGAAAAGUUCUGGACCUUUGCAGUUUCUUUCAAGUUCUGUUUUCCUCUUCUUGUUUUCAACGAGCUAAAACUGCCACAGAAGAACGUGCAGCGAUGAACUCUCGGUGAAGUUAGGGGGAAGAAGACACACAAGCCAUACAACCAUGACAAAGCUCAAGUAUGUCGUUGUCUUAUUAUAUACAGUAUUUAUGAGGUAGGAAUAGUUGUACAGAUAACAAAACCUAUGGCUCUCUAUACAUGAUAUAUAAGCUAUAUAUAUAAAUAUAUAAAUAAGCAUACAUAGAUAUAUACAGAGGACACGGAAAGUAUAUACUGUGCGCUACUUACGACACGCAAGACAGCUGAAUUGAUGCACUCAAAUAUGUUUCUUUCCACUUGCUUAGGUCUCUGCAUACAGUGACUUAAGUAGUAGCAUCAACGACCACGCAUGUUAGCGGUUUCUAAUUUUGACAAACGUUCUGUUUUUCAAGUUCUUGUAAGACGUACGUUGCACCACUACUACUUGUUCGCCCAGCACGUAGACAGUCACGUCAAGACAAUUUUAGUCAUUUACACUAAUGACUCCCACCGAUCGCCUCCGUCAACCCAAAAUUCAAGGAUGCUAGUGCAUGAUUUCCAGGUGGGACAAUUGCCGCAAAGCUCCUUUUUAGCUGCGACGUUUAUUUAUAGACUUCUCUUACUUUGUCUCUUUGCUUUGGUGCCGUAGUGAGCCAGCUGUAAUAUAAUUAUGAGUGGCGACACUUAUGCCGGCACACUUACAAUCACAAACAUUUGCACACACGCAUAUGUCUGUCCCUAAGAGAGAGAUAUAUAUAAAAACAGUAAUUAUCAUUCUAUAAGAAUAAAUCACUCGAACAUGUCGUCUUUCACUGGCUGUACACAAAGCUCCGUGUCCCCUGGUUGGUUUUGAGGGCCUGCUAGCAAUGUGAAUAUGUAGAUAAUGCCUUUUAGCCGGUGUGAAAAACGUUAUGCCAGGGUGACCGUACCCUCCCGCCUGCCAUUGUCACCGCGACGCCGUUAGCCUUGCUGUAUAACACUAACGAUGCCUUGCACGCGAUGUACCAGUGCCCGCAUUGGUGGAAGUUGACCUGUGUCGAUGACGCUAUUGCUACUUACGUGGCCACUUCUAAAGCAGCCCAUAACACUUCAGCAAACAUGAAGGAAAUGUUUUCAGCAGUUCUCUGGAAAAAAAGAAAAGUUAUAUGGAAGAUUACCCAGCGAAUUGUAUGCAGCCAGCUCCCAAAGUAGUUAAAGCUGUUGCACAAAACUCAAUUUUCCAUUAACGCUUUGUGGGUCAUUGACCGUGUCGCCAAGGCAUUAAGUAAUGAAGGAAUCGCUGUAACGUGGGACAUGCACAUACAGUUUUAUUAACGGCAUUGUUGACCGGUCAUCGUUAGCAACUUGACCAAUAUUAAAAACCCGUGUUUAUGGCAAAUUAGGUGCUGAUAUGGCAUCAGUGCAACGCGUCGUUAUUGCUUGGCUACAGCAGGAAACAAAACGCUAUUUUGUCCCACCGUUGAACACCACAGGGCUCAACAAAACAAGAAUUGUUAUCGUUCAUGUUGGCAUUAUGCUAUGUGGAACAAUUUACCCUACAUUAUUUUGCGUUUCUGCGGGAUCACCGCUCAAUGUUUCAUCCCCGGAGCUGUUGCAAUGGCUUGCUUACGAUCAUAGUUGAAAGCAUCAUACUUUCUGACACAGCUUGUUGUCACUACUCAACAAACAGACGGGCACAUUUCUCCGGGUUCUGUAAUGUCUUUUUUUUCGUUAUAGUGACCAUUUGUUCUCUUUAUUCAAGAUUAAGAAAUAUGGGUUGAAAGACAUUCAUGUGUUCCACUUGAAUCAGCGAUUUCCUUCUAAAGCUGAAAACGUGCUUGUUUGUUAAUGUUGACGUAGUUUACUGACAAUGUUGUAAUGCCGUGUGCUUGUUGAUGUUACCGGUCGUUUUUCACAGUGCUAUUUACUCUCAAGCCACCUGCCCCAGACUUUGAUUGCUUGCACCUGACUUUAUUCCCUGUUCAUUCAAACAAGAUCACCUCCAUUUUGGAGAAUGCGGUUUAAGUGCAGAGCACAUUGGCUACACUAAAGCGUCUUUCUUUUUAAAUAUCUUUAGAGCGUUUUGUGAAUGAUCGUAAAGUUCUUGCUUCUUUCACCCGUACUACACUACAGGAAACAUUCUAAGGGGCUCUUUUCGAAUAGAAUUAGCAAUAUCUUCACGACAAUAUUAGAUAUGAAAACGAAGCAACCUCAUCGUCAAGGAGAACAAAAAAAAAUCACGGCAUGUCACGUUCAAUAGUGAAAAAAUAUGGGGCUUAAAUUACACAUACGCGCCCACAGGAUAUGUCGCGUUGCAUUUACCACUGCAUUUAUUCUUCAAUCGCAGCAAUAUUACUUAUUUGCAUUUGCUUAGUUGUUAUUCUGAGCAUUGAAGUUCUUGAGAGACACAAUUUUUUUUGAAAGCUGAAAAUAUCUCAUAACGGAGGACGGGGAACUUUAAGUGUUAUGAUCCUCGACGAAGCAAGCAAUUUUUUUCUGAAGCCCACUAAGCGACAGAAGUUUCAUGAAAGAAAUCUGCGUUUCGGUUGUAGUUUUGUGCUACAUUGGGGCAGAUGCCAGCAUUCCAUUCCGUGUUCCAGGACGGAGUGGGAAACGAGAAUUCUUGCAGCAUGGAAGCUUACACAACGCCAUCAUGCCGAGUAAUUAGUCUCAGACACUACCAAAAUUUUUAGCUUCAUAAAUUAUGAGGCCGGAUGUUUCUUUGUGCUUUUAGACAGCAUUCACGUGAUCAUGUGUUAUUCGUUAGAACAUAUUUCUGUUCACAUCAGCCUACGACUAAUAAUUUAAAUAUGUAACUAGCGGUGGCUGCUGGAAGAAAACACUAGGCAGCGAAUAAAGUCCGGUGCAGGCCACACUGCCAGUCCUGCUUUGAUUUCUAGCUUCCUCGUCCAUUAAACCAUGCAUUGGGCAUCAGCUGUACAGAAACGCAAGUACUGCCACGUGUCCAUGUAAAACCUUCUGUACAUAUACAUGGCGUCGUCGAAGCGCGCUCUCCAUACUUGCAAGUGUUCGAGACGUAUAUUGUCCGAGACUCUUUGUUUGUACUUUAUUCGUUCUCUUGUAGCUGUCUGGAAUGGAGAGAGAGUGUUAAAGCUUUAAAUAAUAGUUUUUUCGGACUUUGGCAAUGUAUUCGCGUAGCUUACCAUUGUGCGCGCCUGUUGCGUAGGGUGCAGGACCACUUGCAGAAAAAGAAAACAUUGUGAAAGCUGUUGGGUUGAGUGUCUUCCCGUAAUGGUUGGAAAGAGCUUCGUGAUAAGAAUGUUGGGUUUGCAGACGAACGGCAGGUUGGUCGGUGGCCACGUCAAGAGAGCGUCAAUAAACAUGUCAAGGGUUUGCUGUCAGCUACUACUGCCUUUCAAACUUGUUUAAAUGCUGCAACGUAAAAUUUACCCAAUAUAUUUACAUUUUUAUUGGGAUCUUAGCGAAUAUGACAUCGUAUGCGGAGGAUACAAAUUAGGCUCUCUGUAAAAGGUCCCAUGUUUAGUACUCGUUAUGCUUUUUUGCUUUGAAUGAAAAUACUGUGUUCAAUGAAAAUGUUCCGUAAGACGAUGAGACCUGGUUUCGGCUAUAUUUAGCUGUGUUGUACAUUAGGAACACGACAGUAAAAUUUGAUGAUGUGAGAAAGCAUACCCAUAUCUUGAAUGCAAAGAACGAUUUUCUUGGCGUACGCACAUGCUCAAGCAGACUUAGAAAUUAACAUCUGCAAAUACAUAAGCCUUGUCAGACGGCCGCUGUUCCUGAUGAAUAUGAUAGCUUAAAAGAACACUAUCAAGGCAGGUAUGACUAAAACGCAACAAUAGAUUUUUGCAGUGAGAUAACAUUUCGUCCACUAAAAUUAUUUCAGAAUUUGCAACUUAAGUGCUUGGCAGGUUUCUUGAUCAGAUUUGACUUUUUGAGGCAACCCACAUUGUACGUGGCUUUGUAGCCUUUUAAAGGAAGAGUCAAAGGCGAGAUAACGGAAGACUGCCUCAAGCGCUGUCCACUCGAAUGAAUGUAGAACGCAGAAGUGGGUUCAUUUGACAGCUGCUAGACUGAUACGAAUAAAAUUCAUUGCAUUUAAGUGAAAAGAAAGCUUUGUUUCGUUGACUUACUUAAUACUGAACAGUAAAUCAGGCUUCCUAGAGAACUUUCAAAUGUGCAGCUCGAACUGCACAGUGAAAAUAGAAGUUGCCAUGCUGUAAGGUCCACGUGAUAGACCGAAAUUUAGAUAUUACAGAGAUGGCUACGAAUUAUACCAUAAUAUACGAAUACUUGUGCGAGUUCUCGCGGUUUAUGUACAAAUUUAUGCGAACGGCAAGUCACCCUGCUUAUUUCUUCUGCUAAAAGUUCUCUCAAUUGCUGUAUAGAGAGUUUCGGUGAUACUUUUUUAUUCUGGUGUUAACCAGCUACAUUAAAGUUAAGGAAUUUGUGUGAAUAUUUCCUAAUAUUCAUCAGCUUUUGUAAAAGAAAGCAUGGGAACAUAGUAACUAUGCUCGCAAUAGUCAACCUAAUUGUUUUUUUGAAAUGCAAUGCUUCUCAUUUGAAUCAGCUGUAGCGGCUGCCUUAAGACAGUGUUAUUGAGCUUCACACGUACUUGAAUGGGAAAUCGGAGUGAGAGGAAAGACUGCCUAUUGAUCUCGUGACUCUAAGAUACUGCAGUGAGUUGUCUGUGUUCUGGGUCAGCCACUCAAGGUGUUGUUGUAUGCUCUACAUACAAGUGUACGACGGUCGGUUGCAUUUGUCGGGGUGUAGACCUAGUAGCACAUAUUGUGGCACUGGCGUUGGCUGAAUGUUGUGUUUUGCAGCCGCAAAAACGUUGCAAGCGUCCGUUAUGUGCAAUGUUGUUGGAGCGUGCUACCAGUCUUAUUGCUCUGACAACUGGGCUGCUUUCUUAAUAAUCCAAUGAUGAUGCUGUGUUAAGUUGCCCAUGACACUAUCUGCUCAAUGGUAGCAGAUAAAUAAAUAAAUGUGUUCCAUAUACUUGUUUUGUUAAAUAAAAUCAAGCUUAUCAAGGACCAGGAAUCUAUGACAGAUACACUGAUAAAAUUUUAGCAACUAGACUUGUAUUCGCCACUAAUAACUUAUUUACUGAAUUCUUAUCGAAGUAUUAGUAUAGGUACGUAUAAAGCGCUACGUAAGCAGUCGAAAAAAAAUCACCCACGAUUACGAUGCUCCCUAACGCGAAGUUUUGAGUGCAGCUCUAUACGUGUUUUCAUUUCGCGGUAUAUUGGCUGCCGAGGACAAUCUGUCUCGUGCGGCACAUUGCAAACGGGACGAAGUGUGGCCCGACUGCCUCGCUAAUCUGGAGAUCGCGAGUGCUAGCGCGUGGGUGACGCGCGGGCGCGAGUCACGGCCGCCGCCGAUUACAGACCUUCCGGACGGCGCGCGUACUCUGGUGCCAUGUCGCAGCCAUCGUCGCCGACGCUUAUCUUUCUCAUGCUUUCGCCUUACCCUCCUCCGCGUUCCGCCUCAUGGUUCCGCGGCGCUCUACUCUCCGCUUUCCCGCUCGAGCCUCUCCGCUCUCCCCGCUUUUUUUCAUCGCCCGCUGCGCCCCGCGUUCACUCUCAUUUUUCGCUGUGCUCAUUCGCUCGGUUACGCCGCCACCGUCGCUGACGCCGACGCUAGCCGCAGUAACGGGCGCCUAAGAGUUGUGCUCUGAAAUACAUAAUUAUUUCAGUUUUAUCCGCUGUGCUCACUUCGCUAUAAAUGCCACAUAUGGGGCAGCAAGUUCGGUUUAAGCAAGUUUAAACUUCUCGUAGAUUUGCAUGACCUACUUAAGGUAUAUAUAUUUUAGUCUUCUAAAUUAGUCUUCUAAAUUAGUAAAUUAAGGUACUUGCGCGGUGCAAGCACAAUGUUACCACUCGCUAUUAUAUGUCUAGCAUUCAAAACAUGUUUGUCUUGUUUUGACGAUGCGUUGGGAGCUGCACGCAGUUCCUAUAGCUGGAAAGAACCGAAAGUGUAUGCGUUAAAACAAAUGCAGCGUUCAGAAAAGCCGGAUAUUAUGCACGAUUACUCUGAACAAAAAUGAUCUGACUACACUUUUAUCUGCAUCUUUCUCACUGGUUUCGACGAACGUUCGGCGAUAUCACUUGGCGUUUGCGUUGCCUAGGCAACGUUUUUGCGCGCUGUUCCGUACUGCUAGGUAAAAAAAAGUGUCAGGGUGUUUUGCCAGGGUGACGCUUGCGCAAAAUUUUUUUCCUCGUUGUCGAUGUUUCUGGUUCCGUAGUCUCGGGCAAGCAUUGUGUGUGAGUGUGCGUGCGUGUGUGUAUCGCGAGUGACCGACAGCUAGUCGGACUUCGAGUUGUCGCGCGUCCGCCCGUUGACGCGUGCGACGUCUUCGUAUUUGUAAGCGAAUUAUCGCGAUUAGUAGAGCCGCUGUUUAAUUAAAACGCCCAUCACAAAAGAAAAAGAA